AAGAAAUCUUCAUUUCUCGAAUGGGGUUUCUCGCUAAACCCUGAAAUUUCACACCUUUUGUUCGUGAUCUUGUUCUUGUUGGGGUUUUGUGUGUUUCAGUUGAUAUAUAUCGAGAUGGUUGCUGUAUUGGAGAUAUGGGUACUUGUCAUUGUUCUUGUGGUUUCUCUUCAAAGCCAUGUUCUUGUGAUUUCACAGAAUCUGAMAUGCAAUCCCGAUGACCUGAGAGGRUUAAGAGGUUUCAUGGAUCGAUUGGAAUCACAGAUUGAUGGGUGGCCUACAAAUUCAUCAUCUUUAUCCUCGCUUCCUUGCUGCAACUUGGUAGGUGUCACUUGUAAUUCCUCUUCAGGUAGGAUUGUUGGAUUAGCACUCCAAAAGAGAAGAUUAACUGGUAACUUAUCGGAUAYAAUUUCCAAUUUAGAUCAGCUUAGAACCCUCAAUCUUUCACACAAUUUUCUUAAAGGCCCUCUUCCAAUCUCCCUUUUUCAUCUUUCCCAUUUGGAAGAAGUUGAUUUGAGUAGUAAUAAAUUCGAUGGGGUUUUACCAGUUAGCAUAAACCUGCCUGCACUUCAAGUAUUAGACAUCUCUGAUAAUGCCAUUAGAGGUUCUAUUCCAGCUGCUUUAUGUGUUAACUCCACCGGAAUUCGUCUUCUUAGAUUUGCUGUGAAUUACUUCAGUGGAAGUAUUCCACCCCAAUUGGGGAAUUGCCUUCUUCUUGAACACCUGUGUGUGGCUUCCAAUUUUCUUACAGGCGAAAUACCGGAAUUCUUAUUCAGAUUACCAAGACUGCGUGAAUUGGCUCUCCAGGACAAUAUGUUCACCUCCUUCCCCGGAAUCGGUAAUUCCUCUAGUCGUCUGGUUCGUUUGGAUGUUUCAUCCAACAGGCUCUCUGGAAAUGUACCUGAUUUCUUUCAUAGCYUUCCGAAWAUAAAUUAUUUCUCAGCUCAUUCGAAUAAUCUGUCUGGUGGGAUACCUUCAUCAUUGUUGAAUUCACAAACCAUUUCUUAUCUUAACUUGAGAAAMAAUUMUUUGGAUGGUUUAAUCAAWUUUAACUGUUCGAUAAUGGUUAAUCUUACCUCACUUGAUCUGGGCACAAACAACUUUUCUGGUUCAAUAGCUCAUCUUCCUUCUUGCUCCAAGUUAAAAGCUAUAAAUCUUGCCAGGAACAGACUCAUUGGCCAAGUCCCAGAAAGUUUCAAGAAUUUUCAAUCUCUUUCUUACCUUUCACUCUCCAAUUGCAGCCUCAAUAACCUCUCAACAUCUCUUAAAAUCCUCCAGCACUGCCCCAAUCUAACAGUUUUGGUUCUURCCAUGAACUUUCRUACCGAACAGUUGCCAUCUGAUGAUGACCUACAGUUCAGAGCACUCAAGGCUCUUGUGAUUCCCAAUUGCAGGCUAACGGGUAGCAUUCCGUCGUGGCUAAACGGUUUAACAGAGUUGCAGUUGUUGGAUUUGUCAUGGAACCACUUGACAGGAUCAAUUCCGGCCUAUUUGGGGGMUUUUAAGUCUCUGUUUUACUUGGACUUAUCGAACAAUUCCUUGUCGGGAGAGAUMCCCAAGAGUCUAACACASUUACCGAGCCUGAUUUCAAGAGAGAUCUCAUUAGAAGAACCGUCCCCRGAUUUCCCGUUCUUCAAGAAAAGAAACAUCAGCGGUAGAGGUUUACCGUUGCAGUACAAUCAGAUCAUGAGCUUUCCACCAUUGUUAGACCUGAGUAGCAACAUCCUCACUGGCCCAAUCUGGCCGGAGUUUGGGAACUUGAAAAAGCUACAUGAUUUGGAUUUGAAACACAACAAUUUAUCCGGUGGGAUUCCGAGCUCUUUAUCAGGUAUGAGGAGCAUAGAGACACUGGAUUUGUCAUAUAACAAUCUGUCUGGAACAAUCCCUCCAUCUCUGGUCAGACUAAGUUUUUUGUCCAAAUUCAGUGUUGCUUACAAUAAUCUGAGGGGGUCCAUCCCUUCUGGAGGUCAAUUUCAGACCUUUCCGAACUCUAGCUUCGAGGGGAACCAAGGUUUAUGUGGGGGCGGACAUGUGGUAUGUGAAAGCCGAAAAAUCCCUGAAUUUACUUCCAGGAAAUCUGAGAAAAAUAUUGGGAAAAUUGUCGGUAUGGCUGUUGGGAUUUGUUUGGGGACGGUGUUUCUUCUUGCUCUGAUGUUCAUGGUGGUUGUUCGAGCCACUGGACGACAAGAGGUUGAUCCCGAAAGGGAAGAUGGCAAUGAUGGCGAUGAUGAUGAUGAUAACAAGAAACACUUUGAUGAACUCGAUUCAAAAUUAGUUCUUUUCCACAACAACAAAGAGCUCUCCUUUGAUGACCUUCUGAAAUCAACCAACAGUUUUGAUCAAGCGAACAUCAUUGGUUGUGGUGGAUUUGGUCUGGUCUUCAAAGCCACGCUUCCCGAUAACCAGAAAGUCGCCAUCAAACGACUCUCGGGCGACUGUGGUCAAGUCGACAGAGAAUUCCAAGCCGAAGUCGAAACACUCUCAAGAGCUCAGCAUCCAAACCUCGUCCUCCUUCAAGGGUAUUGUAAACACAAGAACGAUCGGUUCCUUAUAUACUCGUUUAUGGAGCACGGCAGCUUAGACUAUUGGCUACACGAAAAACCAGACGGGCGGUCCGAACUUGACUGGAAAACACGCCUGAAUAUCGCUCAAGGAUCCCUCCGAGGUCUAGCUUACUUGCACCAAUCUUGCGAUCCCCAUAUCCUUCAUCGUGAUAUAAAGUCAAGCAACAUCCUCCUAGACGAGCAUUUCGAAGCCCAUUUAGCCGAUUUCGGUCUUGCAAGACUCAUUCUACCGUACGACACACACGUAACGACGGAUCUGGUUGGGACGUUGGGGUACAUUCCGCCGGAAUAUGGUCAAGCUGCAGUUGCAUCUUUCAAAGGGGAUGUUUACAGUUUUGGGGUGGUUCUUUUGGAGCUUUUAACAGGGAAAAGACCAAUGGAUAUGUGCAAACCAAAGGGAAGCAGAGAUUUGAUCUCAUGGGUAUUGCAAAUGAAGACUGAAAGAAGGGAAAACGAAGUGAUUGAUUCAUUCAUGUUCAAUAAAGAAGACGCGAAGGAGAUGCAAUUGGUUCUUGGGAUUGCUUGUGUUUGUCUGAAUGAAUCCCCGAAGUUAAGACCGUCGACAUCGGAGCUACUUUCAUGGCUGGAUAACGUCGGAAAACAGUAACAGUUUCAUGGAGUUUUUUUUUUUUUUUUAAUUUUUAAUUUUUAAUUUCUUAAUUUGGAUUGUAUAUAGCAUCACUAUACAUGGAUGGAUGGAAGCAAGAAAUGAAACCUUGCAAGUGAAUACAGUGGAAUUUACUUGAAGAAAUUUUCAAUGAUAGUUGGUUAUGGUGAUAAUUUGAAAAGUCAGAGUAUUGGGCAACUUGACUCGACUUAUUAAUAUGUCGAGUCGAGCUCGAGUUCAAACCGAGCCUAUUUAAGUCGAAUGUUAAUCGAGUCGA